AUGGAGAACUGUCUGGCGGCCGCGGUGCUGAACGGAGUGGACCGACGUAGUCUGCAGCGUUCAGCCAGGCUGGGUCAAGAAGUGCUGGAGCGGGCCAAGAAGAGAGCAGUGAACUGGCAUUCGCUGCAGCUCCCCAAAGGCACCAUGAGGGUUCUGACCUCGGAGGGGACCGACCAAGAGAGACGGCUAGUGGCUGACCCCCAGCGCCUUCUCCCAGGAGAGAGAGAAGAGAGAUGCCCUACCCUCAAUGCUUCCUUCAGAACAAUGGCUGAAUUCAUGGACUAUGCUUCUAGUCAGUGUGGGAAAUAUUAUGCAUCGAUGCCAGAGGAAGGAGGGGCAAACCACGUAUAUCGUUACCACAGAGGAAAAUCAGAGUCCUCCUCAUGCUCAGACUUGAGAAAUGGUCAGAGACAAAACACAGCACUUGGCCUUGAAAGCAUCUGUCAAGGAUCACAGUGUGACCUACAAGCAUCCCAGCCUGCUGAGGACAUCGCUAAGGACCUUUACAUAGAAGUAUAUCCAGGGACCUACUCUGUCACUGUGGGUUCAAACGACUUAACCAAGAAGACUCUUGUGGUAGCAGUUGAUUCAGGACAGAGUGUGGACUUGGUCUUCCCUAUAUGA